CUAAGCACCUGAAGCAGAGCGCCUGGCACCUACUAAGCACUCAAUUAAGCCAACUAUGAUUACUAUUGAUCCUUUGCCAGACAGGCUGGGGCUGCAGUCCCUCCCGAAGGGGAUUCUCAGGCGCUGAAGCUAAAGGAUCCCUCCUUCCCGGGCCCCUGGCUUGGGAGGACACCCGGGCUGUUGGCCCCAGCCUCCAGACACCAGCACCCUCCAGCCGAGUCAGGAAUAGAAACCACCUCCUCCUGCCGCCCGCGGCCUCCCUCCCUCCCCCGGCAGCGAUCGAUGCGGCCGAGGCCGCGGGGGACGCAGGAAGCCAGGGAAGGAGCGGGCAGCCGGGUCUCCGGAGCAGCAAGGCUCCGCGGGGCCGCGGGAACAGACUCCAGCCCCGGCGCAGCCAGCGGCUCCCAGCCUCUGGGGACAGACGCGCAGGGUCCGGGAGGGGCCGCGACAGGCCCGCGCGCGCCGCAGCCAUGGUGAGCGAGUCCCCGGGGCGCGGCGCCGGCGUCCCCUGGCGGCGAAGCGACGAGGCGCUGCGCGUGAACGUGGGCGGCGUGCGGCGGCGGCUGAGCGCGCGCGCGCUGGCGCGGUUCCCGGGCACGCGGCUGGGCCGCCUGCAGGCCGCGGCGUCGGAGGAGCAGGCGCGACGCCUGUGCGACGACUACGACGCGGCGGCGCGCGAGUUCUACUUCGACCGGCACCCGGGCUUCUUCCUGGGCCUGCUGCACUUCUACCGCACCGGCCGCCUGCACGUGCUCGACGAGCUGUGCGUCUUCGCCUUCGGCCAGGAGGCCGACUACUGGGGCCUGGGCGAGAGCGCGCUGGCCGCCUGCUGCCGCGGCCGCUACCUGGAGCGGCGCGUGGCGCGGCCGCGCGCCUGGGACGAGGACAGCGACACGCCGAGCAGCGUGGACCCGUGCCCCGACGAGAUCUCCGACGUGCAGCGCGAGCUGGCGCGCUACGGCGCGGCGCGCUGCGGCCGCCUGCGCCGCCGCCUCUGGCUCACCAUGGAGAACCCGGGCUACUCGCUGCCCAGCAAGCUCUUCAGCUGCGUCUCCAUCGGCGUGGUGCUCGCCUCCAUCGCCGCCAUGUGCAUCCACAGCCUGCCCGAGUACCAGGCCCGCGAGGCGGCGGCCGCCGUGGCCGCCGUGGCCGCGGGGCGCAGCGCCGAGGACGCGCGCGACGACGACCCGGUGCUGCGGCGCCUCGAGUACUUCUGCAUCGCCUGGUUCAGCUUCGAGGUGUCGUCGCGCCUCCUGCUGGCGCCCAGCACGCGCAACUUCUUCUGCCACCCGCUCAACCUCAUCGACAUCGUGUCGGUGCUGCCCUUCUACCUCACGCUGCUGGCCGGCGCGGCGCUGGGUGGCCGGCGCGGCGCGGGCGGCGAGGAGCUGGGCGACCUGGGCAAGGUGGUGCAGGUGUUCCGCCUCAUGCGCAUCUUCCGCGUGCUCAAGUUGGCGCGCCACUCCACGGGGCUGCGCUCGCUGGGCGCCACGCUCAAGCAUAGCUACCGUGAGGUGGGCAUCUUACUGCUGUACCUGGCCGUGGGCGUGUCGGUGUUCUCCGGUGUGGCCUACACAGCUGAAAAGGAGGAGGACGUGGGCUUUGACACCAUCCCAGCCUGCUGGUGGUGGGGCACAGUGAGCAUGACCACAGUGGGCUACGGGGAUGUGGUGCCAGUGACGGUGGCUGGCAAGUUGGCAGCCUCUGGAUGCAUCCUGGGGGGCAUCUUGGUGGUGGCACUCCCCAUCACCAUCAUCUUCAACAAGUUCUCCCACUUCUACCGGCGCCAGAAGGCUCUGGAGGCGGCCGUGCGCAACAGCGACCACCGGGAGUUUGAGGACUUGCUGAGCAGCAUGGACGGCGCGUCGGAGGCCUCUCUGGAGACGUCGCGAGAGACCUCCCAGGAGGGACAGUCUGCAGAUCUGGAGACCCAGGCCCCCAGUGAGCCUCCAGACUCUCGGGGGUGUUAAAGCCAGGGCUGCGUGUCCCCCUUCCCAUGUGCCUAGAGUCAGCUGAAACAAAGACUCCUCCCCUGCUUCGUUUCCUUGUCGUAGUGAGACAGACUCAUGCUGGCCUGAGAAAUAGGCCCCUUCCUCCGUGGCCCAGAGCAGGAGGGCACGGGCACAGCCAGAGAAGGUCAACAGGAAGCCAAGGACUCCUGGGCCCCUGCUGUUAGCCAGCCAGAUCACAUUUGGCCUCAUGUUGGAAGAUGAGAAUCACCCCCUUUUCACAGGUGGGGAACUGAGGCUCAGAGGGGCACUGUCUCACCCCCACGUCACACAACUAGGGAGCGCCAGUCAGCUGUGGAAUGCAGGCUGUGGUCUGCCGAGUGUCCUGUCCACUCUUCUGCCCUCACAGAGUUUGUGUGUGGAUCCCCGAAGUUGAUGCAUAAGAUGAAAACCCUCUGUCGGAGUGAGGCAAAGGACCAGGCAGGGAAUUCGAAUGUGGGAGCCCGGGACCUCAGCUGCGGUUCUUCCAAUAGGAGGCAGCCUCCAGGUCUUCCAUCUCUCCCAUGGCCACCGGCUAGACCCAGAGCAAGGUAAAAACCGAAUGGAGCAGAGGAGGCACUGAAAGGCCAGUUCUGAAAUGCUGGCGGCAGGGGGCUGGCCACCAGGACCCCAGUCUGACCUGGGCCCCCGCCCUACCUUUAGUAAUAAUGGCCCAGGCAAAGGCGUGGGACUCCCAGCCCUUUAGGGCCCUUGCUGGGGACACAGCUCUCACACGCCCCCGCCGAAUCUUCUACUUGCUGAGAGUCGGGGGUGGCUCCUCCGCUCUGCACAUGCUGGGGCUGGAGCACCCAUCGUCCGUGCCCCCGAGUCCCAUCCCAGGAGCCUCAAGAUGGAAGACCUGGCUUGGCUUAACCCCAGGCGUGGUGCAGAGUGGAUAUGCAGUACGUGUUGAAUAAAGUGUUGACCCAGUUUGUUCAGCCUACAUGGAGGGGAAAGGGGAAAUAGCCAGAAAGACACCAUGCCCGUGCCAGGGUGUGAACAAGAUGGAAAGGGAGGCCCGGUCAGCUCUGCCUCCCCCGUCUCUGCUUCAUCUGUGACUUUUCUACGGUGAGUCCCUUGUAGACUGUUCGCACAUUCAGCACAUAUCCAUCACCAACAACUAUCAGCCGUGGUUUCACGUGGGGCCUGCAGUCAUCUUGUUUAGCUGAGCAGCAUUUUUAGGAUAUUUUAAGGACCUGAGUGGCCGUGUGUGAGGAUUGCGCUUUCCAGUUCCCUCACCUGGUCCCCCUGCCCACUCGGGUGUUGCACACAGCCACUGCUCACCUUAACCUCACUCACCCGGCCUCCGCUUUAUUGCCUGCUUACUAGGUGUAAAGAAAAAAUGGUUGACAAAAUCUAUAGCCCUCUACGCCUGAAGCAUACAGACUAGUAGUGGGCAGACGCUAGUGCAAUAAUCCACAUAAAUAUACCACAGGAGACUUAACACGUGCGGGGAUCGUAGCAUGCAUAACAUACCAGCGACCAUCGCCUUGGAAGUCUCACCCGAGCACAUGAUGACCUCACCUGCCACCAAGGGAGAAAUACACUACUUAGACCAAGGGGGUCCCGUGGUGGGCUAUUCCACGCAGAGGGAAUGGCACGUGUGAAGACCGCACGCAUGUCACGCACAGGGCCUAGUAUGCAGUGGGUCCCCGACAUACACAUGGAUUCCAAGUAUCCAGACUGGAACAGAGGCUGGGGCACAACCAAAAAGGCCUCCCAGGAAUUCACCACACACACAGACACCAGCCCUCCCGCACAUGUCCAGGCCCAGUUGUGCCCAGGUUGGGGUACGAGGAUCAGAAGAGCUGCAUGUACCCCUACGUGGUCUUGCCAAACAUAUCAAGAAGCCAGAUGGCUUCCAGAUGUUCUGAUCCCGUCAACGAAGAGAAUUGCCUGGCCUGACUCCACUGCGAGAUUCUGUGUGAUCUUGACCACAAAAAAAAAAAAAAAAAAAAAAAAAAAAAAAAAAAAAAAAAACUCACCCUCACUCCCUUGUUGUCAGUGAAAAUCAGUAUGCAAAUAAAGAGUGAGGCCCAGAGACCUGUUCCUGCUUGUGUGAAGCUGAUUUCCUGACUGCUGUCUUGACUAGG